GAUUCAAAUGGGAAGCUGGAUAUUAACAUGCACACGAGAGCAGAAUUUUUUCUUCGUUAGAAGAUUGUUAGAGGAGGUGUCUAACACAAUGCAAACAGGCAGAGAGAGGGAGAGAGGCAGGCAGAUAGAGAUGGGAGGAUGAUGUCAUAGUUUUCAGUCUGUGCCAUAGAAGAGGCAGAUGGCUGCAGCCUUCCACCUUUUCCUUCGCUCCUGUUUCCACCUCGAAUCCCAGCAUCAGCCUCAGCAUCAGGACUCUUCGAGGGCAAGUGGCGACAGACCGCAGAAGCAGAAGCUUAUUAGAUUGACCGGAGGAAACAAAGCGUUAGCUGCAUGUGAGUGGAUCAUCAGCCGAAGAAGUCCAAUGAAGACGUGAUAUGAUAUGGUCUUCCUUUUUGUCUGUAUGUUGUAUUAUGAGCAGUCGGCAGUGUAGAGGAGCUAGUCCUGCCCAGAGAGGAGGAGGAGAGGCGCGCAGAAGGGUGUCGACGGAGAGAGGCAGGGGCAGCGGGUACAAGAGGGAAGGAACAGAGUCAAAAUAAUACAGUAAUAGUAUAAGCUUCCAAUAAUGGCGGCUAAAUCGGACGGGGUCCUGAAGAUGAAGAAGAGUGACGUGGCCUUCACCCCCCUGCAGAAUUCGGAGCACUCCGGCUCGGUGCAGGGACUCCACCCGGGAGGCCAGCCCGACUCUGCGGGCACCGGGGACGGGGAAUUCGCCAACGGGGAGUCGCGGUGCUGCGGUGGCGGAGGCACCAACUCGACGUUCCCUCGCCUGGGCAAGGAACAGCAGAAAUACACGGUGUGGGAUUGCUUGUGGAUCGUAGCCGCAGUGGCUGUGUAUCUGGCCGAUGUGGGCACUGACGUGUGGCUGUCGGUCGACUACUACCUCCGCCGCGAGUACUGGUGGUUCGGCCUGACGCUCUUCUUCGUUGUGCUGGGCUCUUUCUCGGUGCAGCUCUUCAGCUUCAGAUGGUUUGUCCACGAUUUCAGCACCGAGGACGGGGCAGAAUCCGCCGGCGAUUGCUCCCUCAUGGACGGGAACAAGCUGCUGAGUGGCUCGGCCUCACACGGCGACAUAACUGCUCCACACCACCCGGCCACGCCGCAGAGACAGGCGUCGACCGUCAGCAAGAACACCACGACCAACAGCACCGCGAGCACGGCGGUGGGCAGCAGGAGCAGGAGCAGGAAACGGUCGGCAUACUACUCCUUCUGCGUCUGGUUCGGCCAGUCUCUCAUCCACAUCCUCCAGCUGGGCCAGAUAUGGAGGUAUCUUCACACCAUCUACCUGGGCGUUCGAAGUCGUCAGAGUGCGGAGACAGAGCGCUGGCGUUACUAUUGGAGGAUGGUCUACGAGUUUGCAGAUGUGAGCAUGCUGCACCUACUGGCCACCUUCCUGGAGAGUGCUCCACAAUUGGUGCUGCAGCUGUGCAUUAUCAUACAGACACACAAGCUCCAGGCUGUGCAAGGUAUGACAGCAGCAGCCUCCCUUGUCUCACUGGCUUGGGCCCUUGCCUCCUACCAGAAGGCUCUGCGAGAUUCUCGCGAUGACAAGAAGCCAAUCAGCUACCUGGCUGUCAUCAUCCAGUUCUGCUGGCACUUUUUCACCAUUGCAGCCAGGGUCAUCACCUUUGCCCUGUUUGCAUCUGUGUUUCAACUCUACUUUGGCAUCUUUAUUGUCCUGCACUGGUGCAUCAUGACCUUCUGGAUUGUCCACUGUGAGACGGACUUCUGCAUCAGCAAGUGGGAGGAGAUUGUGUUUGACAUGGUGGUGGGCAUAAUCUACAUCUUCUCUUGGUUUAACGUUAAGGAGGGAAGGACAAGGUGUCGACUUUUCAUCUAUUACCUGGUGAUCUUGGUGGAGAAUGCUGCUCUCAGUGCACUGUGGUAUCUGUACCGGUCUCCUCACACCACUGACGCCUUUGCAGUGCCAGCAUUAUGCGUCAUCUUCAGCAGUUUCCUCACUGGAGUGGUUUUUAUGCUCAUGUACUAUGCCUUUUUCCAUCCCAAUGGGCCACGUUUUGGACGUUCGCCAAGUGGCCAGGGCCUUGACCUGGACCCCACUGCUCAAUUCUCCACACUACCAUCAGAAGGUGCCACCAACUCAUUGCGCUCCAACAGAGGUGUCGCCACAACUUUGGAGCGUGACAUGGGGAAGUAUUCUGAGCGGGAUGGCUGCAUGCCAGUGUUUCAGGUCCGACCCACAGUGCCAUCCACUCCAUCAUCACGUGCUCCACGCCUUGACGAGACCGUCAUUAAGAUCGACCUUUGUAGAAACCAUUACCCAGCCUGGGAGCGUCAUGUCCUUGACCGCAGUAUACGAAAGGCAAUCCUGGCCAUAGACUGCUCCCUGACUCCUCCACGGCUGCAGUACAAAGAUGAUGCUCUGGUGCAGGAGAGGUUGGAAUACGAGACCACUUUAUAGCUGAAUCCUGCUCUGAGAACCCAUACAGGGGUGCAGCAUCAUAUAUCACAUUUACAGCAGCAGAAACUGUGGCAAUAAAAAUUUGUUACUACCAACAAUGUCACUUUUCAUCACCGAUUUCCCCAUUCUUCGGCAUCAGCACCCACCCUGGAGUAUUUCACUUUGUGAAAAACCUACAAGACGCAAAUGCACUGUUUAGUUAAGUUUGGAAAAGUUAGGGAUAAAAUAAACAUGUGUUCAUGGCCAUCCACAUGGGCUUGAAGUCAUCACAUAUUCCUGUUAAUGGCAUCUGAAUUACACAUCAAUGUGUCUAAUGCAAUGAGGAAAGGAAACAGUCCCUCAUUCAUCAUCAGUAGAAAACUGUCAUAUCUGUCUUAACGUGUAGGUGUCCUUCUGUUUGGAAGUUGUGAUUGUGUGCUCCCAAUAGCGGCUGCAUCUGCGUAGGUAUUUCCAUCAGUAUCUACACAGUUCUGCUUACUACUCCUGUCUUAGUGCCAAAAAGAUUCCUUGGAAAUGUCCUCCAGCUUCUGAGGAUGUGGAACAUCUUAGAGCUGGCUGGGUAUUCCAAAAUGUGUCCCUCUGGCCUUGAUAUUUCAUUCCUCUUGGAUAGGUUUGAUCUACACUGGAAGCAGGUCAGAUGGAAAGUGAACAGCUUGAAGACAGUGGUCAAAGUAGCACUUAUACUCAGUCAUUGUGGUCUGUCUGGAUAAAAUCCACCAGAACUGGUCGGUCAGAAGGACAGGGAGUGAGAAAGAAUAUGUGAAAGUUGGACAGACACAGGCUCGUGGGUUUUCUCACACAAUGCCAAGAAAAAAAUCUUCCUGGCAGCUCAACUCAGCUACUGUAUAAGUGGAGCCACAUAACCCUGGCUGUACAAUGAAACUGAUUUUUACUUGUCUGUGGAGAAUGCAGAUGUACCGCAGAAGAAAUGAGCAAAGUGCCAGGGAGCAAUGAUGAUGAACUGGAAAUGAGUCAACGAUGGAGGAGAAAAGAGAACACACACAAGCAGCCAUCUCAGCCAAACUAAAUCAACCACCAGGAUGUACAGCAGUGAUACAACAUGCAACAUUUAUAGAGAUGGUGUAAAUGGUACUGAAGCCAAUGUGAUUCUGUAUUUGAAUGCGUGUGUGGUGUUGAAAGAGCAGCAGAUCAGGGGGACCCGUGGUUGAUCAGUGAAGGUACACCCUGACAUGUGGUCUGUGAGGGUUGUUUGUGUUCCUUUGAUUAACACGUCACCUUCUGGGGAAGUGGCUCCUGUUUUUUCCUCAGUUGAUUCAGAUUUGAACAUACACACCAAGCCACAGAACGUCAUACAGCAAGGUGCUAGUAGUGUCCACUGGCUAGAGUGACAAAUGCUAGUAACGUGGUGCCAUGAAAGCUUAACUCAGGACCGUCAUACGAUAUGUUAUGGUCCUGGAAGGGUGAGGGAAGAACUCUAGACAGUUUCAUAGUCAGUGCUGUAACUGGUGGCCAGAAGAUAUGUAAAUGAACAGCACACCUCUUUCUGACAUCUUAGUUAGGUUUUUUGUCACUUUUCUUCUUUUUCUCACAAAGAGCCUUUCCAGCUAAUUCAUUAUAGGAGCCAUGAGAUUAAUACACUAAAUUUGGAUACCAAUAGUGGAAAGAGAGAUGAGGGCAAGUAUUUAUAAAAUACUCUUAAUGAGUGGGAUCACAAUAGGAAUAUUAAUCAACUUGUCCCAAUCAGCUGUCACUCUCAGUUUGUUUGUGUUUUCAACAUUCUUCCCAUAAUGUUCACAAAGUUAAUGAACACCUUAGUGACCGACCUGUCUGGGCUCCAUCAGAACACCCAUGGUAUGGAAGUACUGAUGUGUGACAUGUGACACUUGAUGAUGACACAACGCUAAAGGCCUACAUACUGACAUUUGUUUACAGCCCAUUGAACCAGUGGUGGUGCUGAAAAUGUAAGUAUUUCCUUGGUGAUUGUGUGGGACUAAAGACUGGGCCCUUACCAUUAGUUUUCAAAGAUACAUUUUCAUGGUUCAGAAAAUAUUGGAACAUUUCUGAAUGACUGGUGGCAUUCAAGCAAGGAUCAGGGAGUUGCCAAAAUCCUCCUUUAAGGAGGAUGUCCAUACUUUACUGUCCAUAAUGUCCAACCCCAGGGCCCACUGAUACUACUAGUCAUAUUGACCUGGUGCACGCUGUGCAUGUAUGAAAACCAAACCCCUCGAACAUCCUAGGUUAUCUGAAUCAGAGUAAAUGGAGAACUGCACCAUAUACACUACACCCCAUUCCCUACUUUCACAUCUAACUGCUCGAUUUCAGGGAAUGCUGGGAAGCCAGAGGCAAUCCAUGACUAUACCAUCAAGGCAAUGCAAUUCAGAUGGUAACAGUGUGUUUUAGAAUUUGAAAUGUCUGCACAAAUUAAAGUUCCAGGUAUGUCUUUUGUGUUUUGUUAUGUCACAAGUGCAAUGCUCUUUUUUUCUAAGGAUGGCAAGAGGAGAGAAAAGCACAAAACAAGUCAGUGGGAUAAUCAUGGCACAAGACUGUAAACCUUCUCAUCCUGCUUCACCAAACAGCCCCAGGCUUACUGCUCUCAUCUUACCUCAUGGUCUUAUAUUUCUGUCUAUGUGGUUGAAAUUCUAUUACUGAUUCAAGAUUGAAAUAUAUUCAUCAUCUAAAGAUUUUGGUUCCAAAAAACAGGCAAUUUAAAAUAUACCUUAUGUAACACACAGACCACAGAGAGACUAGGUAGGAUGUGCUCUAGUGAUCCAGUGCCCUGAAAAAUACUAGCAGAUUCCAGGUUUAAGUUGUGGUUCUUCCAUCAGAUAGAAAUGUAGUUUUUAUAAUAAAUAUGUUACGUUGGUGGUGGCAUAAGGAAAAUGGAGUAUCUUAAAGGAUUUGGAGAUUUUUGUGCUGAAGAGCAGAUCUGUUGUUUUCUGCCAGACAUACUUUUAAAGACCACACCAGUACAUUUGUAUGUUUCAGCUGAUUUAGUAUUCAUGAGAUGUUAAGUUUACUAUUAUUACUGUGUAAGCGUCUGAGGGGUAAAACUGCUCUGGUAGCAGGUCAGAAGGUUAUUAUCCAUUAUUGUCAUCGACGUAGAUUUUGCUUCGAAUGUUUUUUAAACUCUUGAUGAUUCAAUGAUAAACUGCCCUUUCAGAGUUGGAUCUGUUUUUUGUCAGAGAAAUGAAACUGUAAACACAUGUCAAACACAGAAUAUUCAUUACUCAGCCUCAAAGACACAGUCACAGUGGAGCUGUUGGACCUUAAACCUUCUGUUUAUUCCUGCAGUUUCAGUGAAGAACUAUCCAAAGACUUCAUAAAAACCAGAGCUGUGACCAGAUCGUUUCAGUUAAAAGCUUACUCUGCACUCCGAGCUAACAGCUAAUUGAAUAAGCUAAAAAGCUCUCACUAAUUUUGGGUCAUUCUACCUCCUGCCUGUGUGCGCACGUCACUUAAACCCAUCUAUGUCACAAUUACUUUACAUCCAAUCAUUUUGCCAACCUUGCUGCUUUGUAUUAAAAAUAUUUGAAUGUACUUUUGCAACUGCAACUCAAAAGAAGAAAAAUCGAAAUUCAUUAUUGUGAAAAUAGCAUAAUUAUUGUUAAUGCAGAGCAGACCUUUCAUAUUCAUCUUCUCCUAAACUGCAUUGCUUCCUGUUUCAUACUGUCUCAAAAUGAUUGGAAACCAAUGGAGUCUGUUAGUGAAAUACAUCCAAAACUCGAGUACAACAUGCAUCAGAAAAUGGUCACAAAGCUAUUAAAUGAUGUGUAGACAGCACAUCAUAUGGUUCAUUAAGCUGCUCAACUUCUCAUUAGUUUAUUUUAUCAUGAGUUCGAGUGUCUUAUUCUUUCAGUUGAAACAGUUUGGAUAUGGAAUCAUGAGUCACAAAACUUGAGGAAAUAAUGUUUAGGCUUAUUUAUUUGACUUGUUGCCACCACCCAAAUGUUUAAGUGGUUGUUUGUAUAAGUGUACAUGUGCUUUACUGCUUUAAGGACUUUGUGGUUGAUGGCUGAACUAACCACAGCACUAUUCUUGCCUUUUACUUAAGUUGAACUUUUUGGUUUACUUGAAGGCAACUUCAAAUUUCCACAUCUGAAUGAUCUGUUAGUGGUCAGCCUGCAUUGUGGGUACAUGGGUUUUUGUUGGCUUUGUUUUGCUGUAGAAGGAAAAGCACAGGUUUCAGGAUGGCACAAUACUGUUAGAAUUAGAGGAUAGUGCACAUUGCUUGAGACUGCAUUUUGAACAGUACUGCAGGAGCUCAUGUUCAACCCUACUACUUACCUUCUGCCUUAUUUCCCCUUACUUUCUCCACACAUAAAUAUCUCUAAUGCUCAUUUUGAAUUCAUUUAAUUUACAAUUACGUUUGACGUGAUUUUCUGAAUAUCCUUGAAAUAACAGGAGGCCUAGAACCCAAGAAUAAUACCAGGGUCUAUUAAAGUUAUGCCAUGGAAUAACAGCAGAGGUUCUCUUUUCCAUUUAGUUAACGUAUUAGCAGUAUUUUUACCAAUCACAGGGUUUCACUUGAUCAAUGUUUUUAUCAGAUGGACUAAAAUGCAGGAGGAACUGGACAAAAUCAUCAUGGUCUAUGGGAAGGUGGGAAUAUUAAAAAACAGACCUCUUCUCUAUAACCUGAUCUGUGUAGAUGCAGCCUUAUAUUAUUUAAAUGGGACAGCAAUGCCUUUUAUUUACAGUGUCUCCCAAAUCCAUUGUAGCCUUUGUUAACUCAUCACCAUAUUGUGAACAUAUAUAUAUAUAUAUAUAUAUAUAUAUAUAUAUAUAUAUAUAUAUAUAUAUAUAUAUAUAUAUGAUGUGAACUGAUAUAUACUGAACAUAAAGCUACCUCAGUUUGUUUUAAUGGACAGAACCCUCCUCCCUUUCAUCAGCAAUAUAUUUUCUCCUGUAACACAGAAGACGCUUUUGACCCAAGAAACUCAAUAAGACUAAAUCCCCAGAAUUAAAUUGAAAAUUCCAUUAAAUUAUAUCGACCAUACCCCAGAACACAGCAUUGACACAUAAAGAUAACUGAAAUUUAUUGAGAAAUGGACAGCUUAUUUUCAGUUUCACUAGAUUCAACAUGCAACUCCAAUUUUUAUUUGUAAUUGAAUAAUACACUGUUUUAAUAAUGUGCAGAUGAUCAUGACAAGGGUCAUUUCCAUCCCAUUAAUUAGGCUUAAAUCAUCCAUUUAUUUUCAUUAUGGCAGUCAUUUUUAUAUUUUUUUAAAUAUUAAUUCAUUAUACAUCCUACCCAACCAUGGCAGCACUACACUACCAUGCAUAUUUUUAAUGCAUCUGGCCAUUGGAUUAAAUAUUUGUUCCAUAAACUUAUGACUUAUUGAAAAGAACCACAACGGAAAGAGGAGUUUGGUCUGUCUUCAGCUUCUUUAUACCAGGCACUAAUUUGCUAAAAAUAAGGUACUGUUCUGACUCCUUUCCUCACUCUGGUCAUAACUCUUGUAAGCUGCUUUCUAUGUUUUGUUUGCCUUAAAGAGAGUAUAUUUCUAUUUUUAUCAUUUUUUCAGCCACAAAAACAGUUUAGGCUGUACUGAAAGCACAGCUUGGUUAUCAGAGAGGAAGAGAGUGAGAGAGAGAGAGAAAGAGAGAGAGAGAGAGUGUGUGUGUGUGUGUGUUUCUUCUUUAACUAUUCAAUAGCAUAACGUGUCAACAGCUGUUUCUGUGCUUGUACUAGGACUCAGUCAUUGUCCCUCCUACCAGCAUAAACCUCUCUCAGAACAUCUCCCAUCCUGCUGUUCCCUCUGUUUACCACUCACAGUAGGAAAACAACUACAUUUCCCCCCUUACUUUAAGUUUUUAACCAACUUAUAUUUCUUCGUCCUGCAGUCGCAGUAAAGGUUAUCCACAAAUUCACACCUCAACUAAAUGUUUUGGAUCAUUGUACUGAAAUUGAGUUAAUGUAGGAAGUUACAUUUUAGCCCAACACCAGAUAUAUUCUACAAACAUUAGGCAUAGGAUAAUAUAUUUUAAUAUUGUAACAGCCAUACACAUGGUCUUAAUCAAGAUUUGAAUUGGCAUCAUGAUCCAAAGUCAUAGUGCCACAUCCAAAAUAACUGGGUGAAACUGGGAAGCCAGUGAGGGAUCAUUUACUAAAUGCUGCACCUCUUCUGGUCAGUGGGGCAGCUCAUACGGGGUGGGGGUGAGGGCUCCUACUGAAAAUUGAAAUUGACUUAUAUCCCCUCCAAUCACAGUGUUUACCCUACCUCAGCCAAAUAUUGUUAAUGGCCCGAGUUUAGGAAGAUCAGAAAACCAUCAUAUGGAUCAUUUUUGGAAUGGUUGUAUGUGUCACGCAGCAGUCAUGUACUUUUUCUAUGUCAGCCCUAAGACUCUAUCUGUUUUCACCAGCUCUAAUGGAUCAGUGCUCUGCUCACUGCUGUCUAACAAGAGAGAAGGAUUGUAUUUCCUGUGGAUGGUGGAGAUGUGUCCAGCAGCCAUAGUUCCGAUGAGAUCAUUCAGCCUUAGUACAAGCACAGUAUCCAGCAGGUGAAUAAUAGCAAGAUUCCAGUCACACUUGUAUAAUCAUUCUGUACAGAUGUCUGUUUAGAGAGUUGGUUGAACAUGGAGCACCACAGAUAGUGAACUGAUCAACGUAAAAGCUCAUCUGUAAAUAAAUUUAUGCAAAGUGUACAUGUUAAAAAAAGAACAUUCCUCUCUUUUUGAGUUCUGACUGUGAAGGGUGUCUUUAGAAGUUUGAUGCCACCACAAUGGCUGUAACUAUGACAAUAAAAAAAUCAUAAAUGUGGUGUACGUGGUGUAUUAAAAAAGAUACAAAUGUUCAAGACCAAUAAUGGUCUUUUCAGUAAGUUGCAUUGUGUGAUGAGUUCAAUGGAGAAAAAGUACAUUUUAAUGUAAAAAUAAAUCAAGAGUGAUAAACAUGAUCAAAAUAACAUUUUUGUAUAUAUGGGAUUUUUGUAAAUUUUUAUUUGAAUCUAAUGCAACACAAGCUACCAAAAUUCAUUUAAUAAAGUACACUGUGGUCAUUUU